GAGAUUGAAAACGGAGAUAGUAUACGGAAAACACGUGCUUGAAUUGUAACAAAAAAACAAAAUGGAGGCUGGUCCUCAAGGAGCAUCUUCUGGUUCUGGCAGCUCCUCUGAUCACGUGAUUGGGCUAAAAGUAAUGAGAUUUUCAAAACCAAGUCUAAUGACCCCGCCCAUUUCUAUUGGCGAAGAGUGGGAAUCGACAGGACACUCCCUAGCAACAGAGAAUAAUAAGGAUAUAAGAGUUAGUGAGGAUUUACCAGGACUGGGGAUAGGGGAGUUACUGGACAUGCACCAAAUACUUCCUGGAAAAGAGAACCUCAUAUUUUUAGGUGAGACGUAUCGAGUGUUUGUGUCACUGGGCAAUGAAAGUGCAGACCCUGUCACUGACGUAGUGUUAAAAGUUGAGAUGUUGUCUCCAUCCUCCCGUCACCUCUUGCACCAGUCGCCUCCAACGAGGGAAAUGAAACCAAAUCAAAGAAUGGACCACGUCUUAUCUCAUGAUGUGAAGGACAUGGGAGAACACACGUAAGGAGAGAA